AUGGUCGCCAUCACAGAUGAUAUUUUUGCCUCUCGGCUUGCUAUCCUACAAGACCUAUUCAGCGACAGUGUAUCUGCACAGCACGCCGCUGAACAUCUGGCUUCAAUCUCCUUGGCAGAUGAAUCAGACCUCGAGGGGGGAAUUACCAGCCUAUGGAGCUUGAUCUUCAAGUGUGCAUACAAUUUCCCCGAGCACCACGAUAAACUGGUCAAUGUGCUAGUUCAACUAUCAAAACUCCCAAACGCAAAGAAAUCAAAUGGGGACUCCAUUGUGCUCUACGAUAUGCAAGUCUGGAAAGACCUACCCAUGCUAGGCUGGCAAUUCCGGGACGAGUGGAAUGCAGGCGUACCUGAUGGACCUCCUGACGCCCGUCAAAAAGCAAUUUCGCAAAUUAUCAACCGGGAUAAAUUCACGGCACGCUUGAUGGCAACCAAAGAACCUGUCUUUGCAUACUCCUGGUUUGCAUUGAUUACCCUGCGCGAGGCACUGGAAACACCAGCACACGAAUACUCUCCGGGGAAAGUAGAAGCAUUGAUUCGGGCUGCCGCUGCGUGGAUCAGUAUUCUCGGGGCAGACAUCUACCAGUGGAAUGAAGGGUUUGAUGGCGCUCUGGGUAAAGGAGGCCCGCUCUGGAAAGGCCAAUGUGGGUUUUCUAAGGAGAGGUGGCAGUUCUGGAAGGAAAGAUUUGGGGAGUUGGCUACGAUCGAGCUGGAGGAGACUGGAGAAGAAGAGAGAACGGCAGCAUGGGACGCGAAGCGGAUGAUGGAGGAAAUUGAGAAGUGA